UCUCACAGAUGGUCAGCAUCACAUGUUGCAUUAAUGGCUGCAUUAUGCCAUGAGGGCGAUGUAUAAAAACAGUGGGGCUCAGACCACUUCAGCUCCAAUUGCUCUCUGUUUAGAAUUGCCUGUCUUUCAAGAUGGAUUUCCUUCAUAGGAAUGGAGUGCUCAUUAUUCAGCAUUUGCAGAAGGACUAUCAAGCUUACUACAAUUUUCUAAGUUUUAUGUCCAGUGUUGGAGAUCCUCGGAAUAUCUUUUCUAUUUAUUUUCCACUUUGGUUUCAACUUAAUCAGACAGUUGGAACCAAGAUGAUAUGGGUAGCAGUCAUUGGGGAUUGGUUCAAUCUUAUUUUUAAAUGGGUACUAUUUGGUCAUCGGCCUUACUGGUGGGUCCAAGAAACUCAGAUUUACCCUAAUCACUCAAGUCCUUGCCUUGAACAGUUUCCCACUACAUGUGAAACAGGCCCAGGAAGCCCAUCUGGCCACGCAAUGGGCUCAUCAUGUGUCUGGUAUGUAAUGGUAACUGCUGCCUUGAGUAACACUGUCAGUCGGGUGGAUAAGUUGUCUACCAUUCUACACAGACUGACCUGGUCAUUUCUUUGGAGUCUUUUUUGGUUGAUUCAAAUCAGUGUCUGCAUCUCCAGAGUAUUCAUAGCAACACAUUUUCCUCAUCAAGUUAUUCUUGGAGUAAUUGGUGGUGUGCUUGUGGCAGAGGCCUUUGAACAUACUCCAGGCAUCCAAACAGCCAGCCUUAGCGCAUACCUGAAGAUCAGCCUCUUCCUCUUUCUCUUCACGCUUGGCUUUUACCUGCUUCUAGGGCUACUUGACAUUGACCUGUUGUGGUCUGUGCCCAUAGCCAAGAAGUGGUGUGCCAACCCAGACUGGAUCCACAUCGACACCACUCCUUUUGCUGGGCUCAUGAGAAACCUUGGGGUCUUUUUUGGCUUGGGAUUUGCAAUCAACUCGGAGAUGUUCCUCAGGAGCUGCCGGGGAAAGAAUGGCUGCAAGCUGAGCUUCCGGCUGUUCUGCGCUGUGGCUUCGUUGACCAUCCUACAGCUCUACCAUCUCAUCAAGAUCCCCACUCAAGCAGAGUGUUUAUUUUAUGUGCUGUCCUUUUGUAAAAGUGCGUCCAUCCCACUGACGGUGGUUGCUCUGAUUCCCUAUUGUAUUCACAUGUUAAUGAAACCAAGUGACAAGAAGAUUAAUUAGAGUCAUGCGGCGGGUUCGCAUUCUGUGGUCCUAGGAUGAACCUCCUCUAUUCUCCCCACAGAACCACAGAGCAGGGAGAGACUGUGGUUCUAAGCAGAGGUCACAGAAUGGUGUUCCCAGACCCCAUCCCACCCAUACAUAUGUUUACUUUUGCCUUCAGAGUGGUCUAUUUUCCAGUCCUAUUAAAUUAGUUGGCAGCAUUUGAAAAACAGACAUAAAUAUCUGAAUUUUGAUAUUCUCUUGAAAAACUUGACGAUUUGGCAGCACAGGGCCUGCAUUCCUGCCUGGAAACAAUCUGCUGCUGCUGACCGACUGUCCCCAGUAGGAGGCAGCAUUUUCCGUUUUAUCACAGUCUCCAGCUGGGACGCAGGAGCCUCGCGCGGCAGAUAACCUCUUUCCUAUGAAGGACAGACUGCUUCUGGUUCUUGUGGGCAUUUUAGUGAAAACCCUAGUCAAAUCCAUUCCCUUCAGUUUUCAGAUAAGGAAGUGAAGGUUCAUUCAGGUGAAAGUACUUGCUACUGUCACACCCAUCAGAACAGAAAUUAGAACCCAAGUCUUCUAACAUGUAUUUCUAUUGUUUUUUUUUCUCCAUUUCUGAGGUAAAAAUCUGUAAGAAGAGUGAAUGUUUUUAUGUAGAUUCUGUAACAAUUGCCAUAUAAAUCAACUGUUUUUCCAGAUGACAUUGAAAUGCCGCAUCUUGUUUGACUCACACCAGGCAAGGUCUUGACAGGGCAGUGGCUCUAGGUGUGGGUAUGUGUCCAGGGGACAUGCAGUAGGCCUGACUGCUGUCUGGACUUGAACCUCUGCUUAACUCCUGGCCUCUGUUUUACAGUAGGGCUUUCCAAUAUAUCAAUAAAUAGUGCUCAAGAGGCUCUGCUUAGAACAUUAUUUACCCCAAAAGGCUUAUCUCUUCACUAUGACAUCCCUAUACAUUGUUUUUAGGAGUCAUUCUUUCAAAGCCAGGAAAAUCAAGUGCCUUCCUCAAGAUCAUACUCUUCCAGCUUUUGUAAUGUAUUUUGUAAAGGCAACACCAUAUACUCUAUAAAUACACAUAAAAAAGGACAAAUAAUUACUUUCGUUUUUAGGGGUUUUGUUAUCCUCAACUUUUGCUUUAGAAAAUUCUUAUUGAUGGAAUAUUAAUGUUAUACUAAGAAUUUCUCAUAAGGUUUUUCUUUUUUCUCACUGGACCUAGGAAUUCUGGACUUCAAGUUAAUAACUAUGUCAUUUUCAAUCAAGUACAUUUUGAGUCAGAUUUUGUUAUACAUCUUAGUGACACAAUGUUUUAGAUAACUUUUCUCAAGAAUAUCAAUACAUGAAUUAUUUUAGAUAAUGACAUAUUUAUGAAAUUUUUGAAAUUCUAUAAAUACUUACAAAAACAACCUUUCAAGCUAGUGCUAUUUGACAAAAUAUUAGUUGAGGAUAAUAAAAUCUCUAAGAAUCAAAGAGGUUAUUGGUCCCUUUUCUAAGUGUACUUACAGAGUACAUACUGUUGCUUUUACAAUACACAGUUAACAGUUUUUUUUAAAGGGGUAACUGAGCUAGGUUUCAGUAGUUGGGUGAUUCCUAAGCAAGAAGCUGAGGGAUGAAGAAAUAUUAUCUUAAGAAUGAAAUUGUCUCAUGUUGAUGGGACAUUUUGGGUGAAAGGGAACAGUGACUACUAAGCUGAUUACCCUUGCUCAUUCAGUCAAGCUUCCCCCCCACCACCACCGGUGUUGUCCUUAGAAGGUGCCUUCAGUCCUCUUAACACUUUAUGAUGCAUUUGCCUCAUCACAUACUCUGCUAGAGAUCUCAUUACUAAGAGGCCUUUGUCAAAGUUUCAUGAGAUUAGUAAUGUGAGUUUUGAGGACUUCUUCAUCCCAGUAUAGCCUCAGCCUGCUCUCAGUGAGGCCUGAGCACACUGGGGGAUUAAUGACUAGGGGAUUCUGUUACCAUGCUUGACUCCAUCAUAAAGCCCUUCUUGGUUCCCAGAGGGAAGUUCUCUUCAGCCAUCCAGAGCAAGUGCUGUUAGGUGACACAUGCUUUUCAGAAAGGAAUAAGACAAGGUUGUAGGCUCAUUUUCUAUCACUUAUCCCCAACAAAUCUACCCCUAUCUGACAUGAUUCCCCCAAGUUCCCAUAUAAUGAAAUUUCCCUUUUUACUUUAGUUGAAGUCUCCUGGAGGGAUCAAUAUGGUGACAAAUUGCUUUUGCAAUUAAAACUGCUUAGGCAGUAGGAAGAACAGCUUCUUGUAGCCUUGGAGAAAAUGCCUGCCUUUAACAAUAAUGGAAAAGACUCUUCUGCUUCCAAUUUAUUUGCCAAAAGUAAUUGGAAUUGAGCUCAUUUGACUUACUGCAUCCAUAUGUUCGAAAUGUCUGUAUAUCUGCAUAUUCAGUAGAAAAAAUGUCAGUAUGAGCUUUCAGAAUGAGAAAAUCUAGACAAGUGACUUGGAAAACUGUCCAAUCAAAUAUACAUUUGAAAAGAAAUGCAAAGGAAUUUGUUAUUGCUGAACUAACUAUCAAGAAGAGUAUUGAAUCCUUUUUCUUUGACAUCCUGUUGAUUGGACAUCUGCUUUAGAAGAUUAACUUGGUGUCUUUUAUAGACCUAUUUCAGUAUAACAAAAGAGUGAUUUGAAAAAAAAAUUAUUAUAAGAUGUCCAUGAAACUCAAAGUUAUAUCUAUAAAUGCUCUAUAUUUAUUUGCAAUCUAUAUAAAAAUUCAGGAUUGAACUGGUACAUACAUAUAAAAAUUGAUAUUAAAAACACUUAGUUUUAAAAAUGUGACUCAUUUCUUUAGUAUAUAAAGGUGUAUAUUACAGCACUCUUCAACUGAACUUGUUACAGUGAUGAAAAUGUUUUACAUCUGUGCUGUCCAGUAGGGUAGCCACUAGGCAUUUGUGGUUAUUGAGCUCUUGAAAUGCAGCUAAUACAACUGGGGAAUUGCAUUUUAAAAUUUUAUGUAUUUAUAAUUAAUUUAUAAAUAAUUAAAUUGUCAUGUGUGCCUAGUGACUACUGAAUUGGACAGCAUAGAUCAAAUUCCACAUGUUUUUCUUGAGCGGGGAAAAAGUAUUUUUAUAUUGUCACCUGUACACAAACCUGUGAGAUAACAUAGAUAGGUAUUAACUGUUUGUUUAAUGUGAUGAAACCAAGGCAUUGGUGAUUUGUUGAUGGAACAUAGAUAAGCCAGGGAUUUUUAUUAACCUACAGAGUUAUUUUCCAGUUGAAAAACUAAUAGUUACUGUUAUCAAGGCAUAAGGCAUGCAUAGUGGUAGGUAAAUCCCAUUGUGAUCUUCACAUAUUUAAAAGAAAAAUUUGCCUUGUGUGGUAAACUGACACUAAACAUUUCUGGGUCUUGAAGAGUUAAGUAACUAUUAAAAGUUAACAGUAGACUCUGCUGCAUUUUCGAGGGAGACCUUCUCCAGACAUUGGAUUGUCUUUUUGCACAGCUCUCUUCUCUCCUCCUCUGUCCUCUGAGCUCUAACUACCUUGGUUUCCCAGCCUCUUAGCUCUUUUGCCUCAAGUCAGGGAGCGUAGGUUCCACUUCCCUGCGCCUGUGUCCUAAAAACACUCUGAGGGGCAC